CCUGCGGUCAUCGCACCCCCUACUGUCACUCAGAACACCAUGACUCUUUCUCUGAACUGGACCCAGCCUACAGGAGUGGCAUCAGGCUACUGGGUGGAGUGGUAUAACGGAGGGAAAAGCGAGAGACGACUUACAUCCACAACCUCUGCCAUCAUACAGGACCUGACUCCAGGAACCCUGUACACACUCCAGGUCUUUGCCAUCGCUGAAGACAAUUCAACAGAAGGCAACCCUUGCACAGUAUACGUAUACACAAGUACGACUAAAGCCAAAGAUGCCUAAAUCGUCAAUUGCUAAAUUUAAAAUGUUUUACUUUAAAGAGGCAAUCUGCAGUUCAAACCAUAACAAAGCAGACGCAGACACCCCACCACUGUUUUGAUGAACAGUUGAGAGAUGGGGUUGUAGAAAUGUAACCACUCUUGAAUUCAUAGACAGUGCUGUGGAUGCAAGGACUGACCAUCCAUUAGAUCAAAAGUAUAGUUUUUACCAUGUUUUGAGGCUAUGCAGUGUUUGUUUAACAUUUGAGUAAAACAAGAUUAUAUUUGGGGUUCUGAUGGGGUACAGUAGUUGAACUAAUUUCAUGAGGCAUUCAUAAGUUUUAUUCUUCAAGAUUCAAUGGUUAUACACAAUACAAAAAGCAUGACAAAAAGUAUGUGGACACGUGUUCGUCAAACAUCUCAUUCCAAAAUCAUGGGCAUUGAUAUAGAGUUGGUCCCCCCUUUGCUGCUAUAACAGCCUCAACUCUUCUGGGAAGGCUUUCCACUAGAUGUUGGAACAUUACUGCGGGAACUUGCUUUCAUUCAGCCACAAGAGCAUUAGUGUUGUCGGGCCAUUUCUGUAUGGAUCUCGCUUUGUGCACGGGGGCAUUGUCAUGCUGAAACAGCAAAGGGCCUUCCCAAACUGUUGCCACAAAGUUGGAAGAACAGAAUCGUCUAGAAUGCCAUUGUAUGCUGUAGCGUUAAGACUUCCCUUCACUGGAACUAAGGGACCUAGCUCGAACUAUGAAAAACAGCCCCAGACCAUUAUUCCUCCUCCACCUUACUUUACAGUGGCACUAUGCAUUCGGGCAGGUAGCGUUCUGCUGGCAUCCGCCAAACCUAGAUUCGUCCAUCGCACUGCCAGAUGGUGAAUCGUGAUUCAUCACUCCAGAGAACGCAAUUCCACUGCUCCAGAGUCCAAUGGCCGCGAGCUUUACACCACUCCAGCCGACGCUUGGCAUUGCGCAUGGUGAUCUUAGGCUUGUGUGAGGCUGCUCGGCCAUGGAAACCCAUUUCAUGAAGCUCCCUUUGAACAGUUAUUGUUGCUUCCAGAGGCAGCUUGGAACUCGGUAGUGAGUGUUGCAAUCAAGGACAGACUAUUUUUACGCGCUACAUACUUCAGCAUUCGGCAGUCCCGUUCUGUGAGCUUGUGUGGCCUACCACUUCACAAUAACAGCACUUACAGUUGACCGGGGCAGCUCUAGCAGGGCAGAAAUUUGACUAAUUGACUUGUUGGAAGGUGGCAUCCUAUGACGGUGCCAUGUUGAAAGUCACUGAGCUCUUCAGUAAGGCCAUUCACCAAAUUAUAUUUUGAAGGAGGAAGCGAAGUACUUUAAGCAUAUGUUUUCGUUUCAGUCGCCUCCAUCUCCUCUAACUGAAGCUAGUUGUAUGGAUUUUUUUUCUAUUGAUAAUGUAAAAUUAACAGCCAUACAGAAAGACUCAUGUGAAGGUGAAAUUACAGAGGAGGAACUCCUGGAUGCAAUUAAAGACUUUAAGUCUGGGGAAAACUCCAGGGUUGGAUGGAAUACCAGUUGAGGUAUACCAAACCUUUUUUGAUAUACUCAGAGGAUCAUUAUUAGCAUGUUUUAACUACUCCUAUGUAAAUGGUAGAUUAUCAGACACUCAAGAAGAAGGUCUGAUUUCAUUAUUACUGAAACAGGAUACAAGUGGUCCUCUGUAGCUCAGCUGGUAGAGCACGGCGCUUGUAACGCCAAGGUAGUGGGUUCGAUCCCCGGGACCACCCAUACACAAAAAAAAUUAUGCACGCAUGACUGUAAGUCGCUUUGGAUAAAAGCGUCUGCUAAAUGGCAUAUUAUUAUUAUUAUUAUUAAGAUCCAGCCCAUUAAAAAAAUUGGAGGCCCCUUACACUUCAUGGUUGUGAUGCAGAAAUUCUAGCAAAAUGUAUAGCACAUAGAAUUAAAAAGGUAUUGUCGGACAUUAUUCAUUCUAAUCAGACAGGUUUUUUACAUGGACAAUACAUUGGAGAUAAGGCAAAAAAAAAUGGAACACUAUGAAAAAUCUGGGAAACCAGGCCUUCAUAGCUGACUUUGAAAAGGCUUUUGAUAAGGUACGACUGGAGUUUAUAUAUAAAUGACUGGAGCAUUUACAUUUUGGAGAAUCUCUUAUAAAAUGGGUAAAAUCAUGUAUAGUAACCCUAGGUGUAAAAUAGUAAAUAAUGGCUAUUUCUCAGAAAGUUUGAAACUGUCAAGAGGAGUAAAACAAGGCUGUCCACUAUCGGCAUAUCUGUUAAAAUCAGAUCCAACAAUAAUAUCAAGGGAUUAGAAAUCCAGUGCUUAAAAACAAAGGUGUCAUUGUACGCUGUUAAAAUCAGAUCCAACAAUAAUAUCAAGGGAUUAGAAAUCCAGGGCUUAAAAACAAAGGUGUCAUUGUACGCUGAUGAUUCAUGUUUUCUUUUAAAUACACAACUUGAAUCCCUCCACAACCUCAUAGAGCAUCUAGAUACAUUUUCUAACCUCUCUGGAUUACAACCAAAUUAUGAUAAAUGUACUAUAUUACGUAUUGGAUCACUAAAAAAUACAAUUUUUACAUUACCGUUUAGUUUACCAAUAAAAUGGUCUGAUGGUGAUGUGGAUAUACUCGGUAUACAUAUCCCAAAAUAAAUAAAUGAUCUCACUCCAAUACAUUUUAAUAGAAAGUUAACAAAAAUAGAUAAGAUCUUGCUACCAUGGAAAGGUAAAUAAAUAAAAAUAAAUAAAAUACCUGUCUAUUUGUGGAAAAAUCACCCUGAUUAACUCUUUAGUAUUAUCCCAGUUUACCUUUUUGCUUAUGGUCUUGCCUACGCCUAGCGAACACUUUUUUAAAUUAUAUGAGAAAAAAAUAUUCCAUUUUAUUUGGAACGUCAAGCCAGACAAAAUUAAAUGGGCCUAUUUAUAUAAUGAAUAUGAAUUCGGAGAACAGAAAUGAUUAAAUAUUAAAGCAUUAGACCUAUCGCUAAAAGCUUCAGUCAUACAAAAAUAUUACUUAAAUCCGAACUGGUUCUCUUGCAAAUUAGUAAGAUUGUCUCACCCCAUGUUCAAGAAUGGCCUUUUUCCCUUUAUUCAGAUUACAACCUCUCACUUUCAGUUAUUUGAAUAGGAAAUCAUCUCCCAAAUAUCACUAUUUCUAAAACAAGCCACAGAAAGUUUGUUGCAAUUUCAAUUUAAUCCUCCAGAAACAACAGAACAAAUAAUUCAACAAAUAUUGUGGUUAAACUCAAGUAUACUAAUUGAUUUAAAAAAACAUUGUUUAAAAAAAAAAAAAUGUAAAAGGUAUAAUCAUAGGUAGGACUGGUGGAGUUAUGCACAUAACACAAACAUAUGGAAAUGUCUGCUCUACCCAAAAUUACAACCAAAUAAUUGCAGCAUUACCGCAAAAAUGGAAGAUGAAAGUGAAAGGGGGGAAAGUAAGGAACUUGUCUGUCGGCCCUGCAUUAAAGACCAUCAUCGGUUAAAGAACAUUGUGAUAAAUAAAAAAGUAUACCAGUUUAAUUUAAGGACCAAAGGAUUGACAGCCAUCCCAUAUAGAUUGCAAAAUAGUUGGGAAGAGAUUUUUGACGUACCAAUUCCAUGGCAAAUGGUUUAUGAACUGAUACGCAAAACGACGCCGGAUUCAAAACUUAGUAUUUUUCCAUUUAAAUUAUUAAAAUUUACAACAUUCUUGCUACCAAUAGGGGGAUACAAUCUUCCCAGCUCUGCAGAUUUUGCUGUGAAGAGACAGAAUCAUUAGAUCAUUUGUUUUGGUACUGUCCAUUUGUAGCUUGUUUUUGGACACAGGUCCAGGAAUGGCUAAAGGAUUGCAAUAUUUACCUGGAGCUAACCCUGCAGAUAGCACUACUGGGUGAUCUGAAAAGUCAUAGUCAAUCGAUCAAUAAAAUAAUAAUACUUUUAGCAAAAAUGUUUAUUUUCAAUUUACAAUUUGUAGAAACAAUGAGAAUAGAAGGGUUCAGAACUUUUGUGAAACAUCACAGUACAGUUGAAAAAUAUAUGGCAAAUAGAAAUCCAAUAUGGAUGGUGUUAAGAGAUAGAUGGGAGAGGUUGAAUGGAGCUGAAGGUUGGGACUAAUAACAACUAAUAACAACAAGUUAACUAAUGUAAAACAUACUGUGUCCAUAAUAAGUAUAUAGGUUAUAGAUUAAGAACUUUUGUUAAAGAGCACAGUUUGAAAGAAAUGGCAUAUAGAAGCAAACCGGAUGGACAUCAUGAAAAUGAUCGGAGCGUUUGAGGGUAGAGGAAGUUCAGGAGUAAAAACAAACAAAAUAGAACUACUGUAAAAUUGACUGUGUCCAUAACAUAGUAUGUAUAAGCUGGAAUUAGAGGCCUAAGCGUUGUUGUUCACUAGUUUACUCCAAUUAGGGGAGGGGUGGUGGGGUUGGAAAGUAAUAAAGGAAAAUAUAUUUUAAAAAAGGAUAUGUAUAUAUUUGUAUGUACACUACCGUUCAAAAGUUUGUGGUCACUUAGAAAUGUCCUUGUUUUCGAAAGAAAAGCAAUUUUCUGUCCAUUUAAAAUAACAUCAAAUUGAUCCGAAAUACAGUGUAGACAUUGUUAAUGUUGUAAAUGGCUAUUGUAGCUGGAAAUGGCUGAUUUUUAUGGAACACAGCAACCAUCAGUCCUGUGUUCCAAUGGCACGUUGUUGUUUGCUAAUCCAAGUUUAUCGUUUUAAAAGGCUUAUUGAUCAUUAGAAAACCAUUUUGCAAUUAUGUUAGCACAUCUGAAAACUGUUGUGCUGAUUUAAAGAAGCAAUAAAACUGGCCAUUUUGAGCCUGUAAUCGAACCCACAAUUGCUGACGCUCCAGAUACUCAACUAGUCUCAAGAAGGACAGUUUUAUUGCUUCUUUAAUCAGCACAACAGUUUUCAGCUGUGCUAACAUAUUUGCAAAAGGGCUUUCUAAUGAUCAAUUAGCCUUUUAAAACGAUAAACUUGGAUUAGCAAACACAACGUGCCAUUGGAACACAGGACUGAUGGUUGAUGAUAAUGGGCCUAUGUACGCCUAUGUAGAUAUUCCAUUAAAAAUCUGCCGUUUCCAGCUACAAUAGCCAUUUACAACAUUAACAAUGUCUACACUGUAUUUCUGAUCAAUUUGAUGUUAUUUUAAUGGACAAAAAAAUUGCUUUUCUUUCGAAAACAAGGACAUUUCUAAAUGACCCCAAACUUUUGAUCGGUAGUUUAUAUAUAUUUGUAUGUAUGUAUGUGUAUGUGUAUAUGUAUGUAUUUAUAUGUGUAUGUAUGUAUGUAUGUAUGUAUGUAUGUACAGUGGGGAAAAAAAGUAUUUAGUCAGCCACCAAUUGUGCAAGUUCUCCCACUUAAAAAGAUGAGAGAGGCCUGUAAUUUUCAUCAUAGGUACACGUCAACUAUGACAGACAAAUUGAGAAAAGAAAAUCCAGAAAAACACAUUGUAGGAUUUUUAAUGAAUUUAUUUGCAAAUUAUGGUGGAAAAUAAGUAUUUGGUCACCUACAAACAAGCAAGAUUUCUGGCUCUCACAGACCUGUAACUUCUUCUUUAAGAGGCUCCUCUGUCCUCCACUCGUUACCUGUAUUAAUGGCACCUGUUUGAACUUGUUAUCAGUAUAAAAGACACCUGUCCACAACCUCAAACAGUCACACUCCAAACUCCACUAUGGCCAAGACCAAAGAGCUGUCAAAGGACACCAGAAACAAAAUUGUAGACCUGCACCAGGCUGGGAAGACUGAAUCUGCAAUAGGUAAGCAGCUUGGUUUGAAGAAAUCAACUGUGGGAGCAAUUAUUAGGAAAUGGAAGACAUACAAUACCACUGAUAAUCUCCCUCGAUCUGGGGCUCCACGCAAGAUCUCACCCCGUGGGGUCAAAAUGAUCACAAGAACGGUGAGCAAAAAUCCCAGAACCACACGGGGGGACCUAGUGAAUGACCUGCAGAGAGCUGGGACCAAAGUAACAAAGCCUACCAUCAGUAACACACUACGCCGCCAGGGACUCAAAUCCUGCAGUGCUAGACGUGUCCCCCUGCUUAAGCCAGUACAUGUCCAGGCCCGUCUGAAGUUUGCUAGAGUGCAUCCAGAAGAGGAUUGGGAGAAUGUCAUAUGGUCAGAUGAAACCAAAAUAGAACUUUUUGGUAAAAACUCAACUCGUCGUGUUUGGAGGACAAAGAAUGCUGAGUUGCAUCCAAAGAACACCAUACCUACUGUGAAGCAUGGGAGUGAAAACAUCAUACUUUGGGGCUGUUUUUCUGCAAAGGGACCAGGACGACUGAUCCGUGUAAAGGAAAGAAUGAAUGGGGCCAUGUAUCGUGAGAUUUUGAGUGAAAACCUCCUUCCAUCAGCAAGGGCAUUGAAGAUGAAACGUGGCUGGGUCUUUCAGCAUGACAAUGAUCCCAAACACACCGCCCGGGCAACGAAGGAGUGGCUUCGUAAGAAGCAUUUCAAGGUCCUGGAGUCUCCAGAUCUCAACCCCAUAGAAAAUCUUUGGAGGGAGUUGAAAGUCCGUGUUGCCCAGCGACAGCCCCAAAACAUCACUGCUCUAGAGGAGAUCUGCAUGGAGGAAUGGGCCAAAAUACCAGCAACAGUGUGUGAAAACCUUGUGAAGACUUACAGAAAACGUUUGACCUGUGUCAUUGCCAACAAAGGGUAUAUAACAAAGUAUUGAGAAACUUUUGUUAUUGACCAAAUACUUAUUUUCCACCAUAAUUAGCAAAUAAAUUCAUAAAAAAUCCUACAAUGUGAUUUUCUGGAUUUUUUUUCCUCAUUUUGUCUGUCAUAGUUGACGUGUACCUAUGAUGAAAAUUACAGGCCUCUCUCAUCUUUUUAAGUGGGAGAACUUGCACAAUUGGUGGCUGACUAAAUACUUUUUUUCCCCACUGUAUGUAUGUAUGUACAGUGAGGGGAAAAAAGUAUUUGAUCCCCUGCUGAUUUUGUACGUUUGCCCACUGACAAAGAAAUGAUCAGUCUAUAAUUUGAAUGGUAGGUUUAUUUGAACAGUGAGAGACAGAAUAACCAAAACAAAUCCAGAAAAACGCAUGUAAAAAAUUGAAUGAAUUGAUUUGCAUUUUAAUGAGGGAAAUAAGUAUUUGACCCCCUCUCAAUCAGAAAGAUUUCUGGCUCCCAGGUGUCUUUUAUACAGGUAACGAGCUGAGAUUAGGAGCACACUCUUAAAGGUAGUGCUCCUAAUCUCAGUUUGUUACCUGUAUAAAAGACACCUGUCCACAGAAGCAAUCAAUCAAUCAGAUUCCAAGCUCUCCACCAUGGCCAAGACCAAAGAGCUCUCCAAGGAUGUCAGGGCUGGAAUGGGCUACAAGACAUUCGCCAAGCAGCUUGGUGAGAAGGUGACAACAGUUGGUGCGAUUAUUCGCAAAUGGAAGAAACACAAAAUAACUGUCAAUCUCCCUCGGCCUGGGACUCCAUGCAAAUCUCACCUCGUGGAGUUGCAAUGAUCAUGAAAACGGUGAGGAAUCAGCCCAGAACUACACAGGAGGAUCUUGUCAAUGAUCUCAAGGCAGCUGGGACCAUAGUCACCAAGAAAACAAUUGGUAACACACUACGCCGUGAAGGACUGAAAUCCUGUAGCGCCCGCAAGGUCCCCCUGCUCAAGAAAGUACAUAUACAGGGCCGUCUGAAGUUUGCCAAUGAACAUCUGAAUGAUUCAGAGGAGAACUGGGUGAUAGUGUUGUGAUCAGAUGAGACCAAAAUCGAGCUCUUUGGCAUCAACUCAACUCGCCGUGUUUGGAGGAGGAAGAAUACUGCCUAUGACCCCAAGAACACCAUCCCCACCGUCAGAGGUGGAAAUAUUAUGCUUUGGGGGUGUUUUUCUGCUAAGGGGACAGGACAACUUCACCGCAUCAAAGGGACGAUGGACGGGGCCAUGUACCGUCAAAUCUUGGGUGAGAACCUCCUUCCCUCAGCCAGGGCAUUGAAAAUGGGUCGUGAAUGGGUAUUCCAGCAUGACAAUGACCCAAAGCACACGGCCAAGGCAACAAAGGAGUGGCUCAAGAAGAAGCACAUUAAGGUCCUGGAGUGGCCUAGCCAGUCUCCAGACCUUAAUCCCAUAGAACAUCUGUGGAGGGAGCUGAAGGUUCGAGUUGCCAAACGUCAGCCUCGAAACCUUAAUGACUUGGAGAAGAUCUGCAAAGAGGAGUGGAACAAAAUCCCUCCUGAGAUGUGUGCAAACCUGGUGGCCAACUACAAGAAACGUCUGACCUCUGUGAUUGCCACCAAAGGUUUUGCCACCAAGUACUAAGUCAUGUUUUGCAGAGGGGUCAAAUGCUUAUUCCCCUCAUUAAAAUGCAAAUCAAUUUAUAACAUUUUUGACAUGCGUUUUUCUGGAUUUUUUUGUUGUUAUUCUGUCUCUCACUGUUCAAAUAAACCUUAUAUACCAUUCAAAUUAUAGACUGAUCAUUUCUUUGUCAGUGGGCAAACAUACAAAAUCAGCAGGGGAUCAAAUACGUUUUUCCCUCACUGUAUGUAUACAUAUGUAUAUAUAUAUAUAUAUAUAUAUGUAUAUGUGAAAAAAUAUAUAUUGGGGAUUACAUUGAUGGAAGUUACAAUCUAUCUGCAAUAUUAAAGCUGACCCCCUACAUUUAAAAAAAUAAAUAAUAAUAAUAAUGGCCAUUCUACUGCCAAUGUUUGUCUAUGGAGAUUGCAUGGCUGUGUGCUCUAUUUUAUACAUCUGUCAGCAACGGGUAUGGCUGAAAUAGCCGAAUCCACUAAUUUGAAGGGGUGUCCACAUACUUUUUUAUAUAUUGUGUAUGUAAAUAAUGCAAACGUAUAAAAAAUGAUGUAACAAUCACAUUGCCACUUUAAUAUAAACAUUUAAAAAACACUUUUUUCAUCUAGGUUAAAAAGUAUUCCACAUUUUUAUUUAUUUAUUUUUAACCCCUAUUCCUCAAUGUUGCUCUACAGAGCCUGCAGUUGUCCGCAACCUUUCUGUCUCUGAAAUCACAACAUCAUCUGUGUCUCUGAACUGGACUCAACCAGAGGGAAACAGCUCCUUCUAUAGAGUAAAUUGGACUGGUGGCAGUGUCAGUAAGAAUACCACAGGAACCUCCACUACCAUCACUGAGCUGACGGCUGGAGUGCAGUACAACUUCACAGUCACUGCAGUGGCUGGAGAUAACACAACUGUAGGAGAAGGCAGUCAAACAACCACUUUAACAAGUAAGUUAUUUUGAAAGUGUAUUAUUUUAUGAUUCAAAGGAUUUGGAUUCAUGGAUAAGGUGAAUAUGUCAAUGUUGAAAAUGGCUAAUCAAUGUAACCAUAAUUGGUUUGGUUUUCUAUUUUUUGUCUAUAUUUCCAUCAGUCAUUGCAAUGAACCUUUUCGAUUGUGCUUUUGACAGAGCCUGAACAACCUGGGAACAUUACGGCGACGGGACGAGGAACCAGUCAGCUGAAUGUGACCUGGACCUCGCGUGGCGGGAGCCUGUACUAUUACAACGUGACCAUCUUUAAUGCUGCUUUGAACUAUACAUCCAUGAAAAACACAACGACCAUGGAGGCCAGCUUAACUGGGUUACAGCCUGGGAGGGUCUAUGUGGUCACAGUGACUGCUGUAGUUGGAGCCUUCAGUAACCAGUCUGCUGUGGUCCAGUUAGCCACUUGUAAGUCAUGGUCAAUGAUGCCUAUACUAUGCAUUUACUGUAGAGGUUCUGAAGGCUUCAUAGUAGUUUGUAGUUUCUGAGAGUUUGUAUGAGAGAGUGUGAGAAUGUUUUCUCUGUGUUUGUCCCGAAGAAAAUAGCUAAUGUACAUGAUGUGUUUUUGUGUGAACGAGAAUUUGUGUUUGCAACUUUCCUAACAUCACUCUUAUUUCUCCACCACAGAUCCCAACCCACCUGGACCCCUCAACAUCACAGAGAGGACAACCAGCUCCCUCGUUGUUCAAUGGACAACCCCAGGUCUAAUGACUGGAGCUCCAAACAUCUCCUAUAACAUAAGCUACCAGCCUAAUGGGACUGGUUUGGGAGAGAGAAACCAGUCUUCCUCUACCCAUGAUCUCAGCAGUAACGUGACCUCUCUGUUCUCUGGAGCUCUCUACACCAUCACAGUGAAAACCGUGGGACCCCAGGAUCUGGAAAGCGCCAGUGUUAGUAUAUCUGCAUAUACCUGUGAGUACACUUGUGACAACCGUACAGUAGACUAUGCUCUGGGUGACGUUUUGACAAUGCGAAAAUGUUGCUGAAAUAUUGUGAAUCCUUUCUAAUAUUCUGCACAGUAGAUUUGAAAUACUACAUGCCUUACCACAUUUCAUAUCGUAGUAAGAGGACUGAUUUAAGGUUUAAUAUUUUAUUUCCCUUCGUCCUAGUGCCCAAACCAGUGGUGAACCUCACAGCCACCCCAUUGUCCACCUCCUCAGUGAAGCUACAGUGGAAUGACCCUGUGGAGGUUAAGUUGUACUACACCUACAGAGUCCAGUACAGAAACGCUACAGACCCUGUAGAGAAAAGAGUCAGUACCAACUACACAGUCAUCGAGGGCCUAGAAUCUGGGACUGGCUACAACUGCACUGUUACCUCGGUAGCAGCACUGGGAAGCGAGGGAACUCCGGAACGCACGUUCUGUUACACGAGUAAGCCAGUGUUCUAAAAUUCCAAAGGUAUUCAUAGAGGAAUCCAAGAGCAAUGCAAGUGCAGCCAGCAAACUACAGUUACUCUGGGGUAGUCAGGAGGUGUCUGACAAAUUAUCCUGUGUUACAGAUGAUAAUAAUACUAUAUUUGCCCUUCAGAGCCCAAGGCGGUCAGUAACCUCACGGGCGAGGGUCUGAACACAACUGCUAUCAGACUUUCCUGGUCCAAACCGGAUGACUACAAACCAACCUACUCCUAUCUGGUGACCAUCUCCAAGAAUGGUUCUGUGGUUGAGAACAUCUCAACCAUGGUCGAGGCGUACACAUUCAUCAAUCUCUGUCCUGGGUACAGUUACAACAUCUCUGUGGUCACGGUCGUCCAGGGGGUUAAGUCUGAUCCAAUGGAGAAGUCAAGCUACACAAGUAUGGUUCUAAAGAUCUUAUUUCAUCCCUUCAUCCCAUCACCCCUUCAACCCUUCAUCCCUUCACCCGUUCAACCCGUCAACCCCUCAAUCCUUCAUCCAUUCAUCCCUUGACCCCUUCUCCCCUUCAAGCCUUUACCCCUUCAACCCUUAAACCCUUCAUCCCUUAAACCCUUCAUCCCUUCAACCCUACACCCCUUCAACCCUUCAAACCUUCACACCUUCAACUCAUCAGCCCUUCAACCCUUCAUCCCUUCAACCCUACAUCCCUUCUCCCCUUCUCACUUUUACCUUCUUUACAUAGCAAAGUGGAUUUCAUCCGAGAUGUCUGACAGUGCGUAUUUCAUAUCUAAGCCAAGUUAAAGACAAAUGUACAUAAUUAACACAUUUACCACAACACUUUUAAGAUCUCUGUAUCUCUAGUCUAAAAUGUGAAAUGUUAACGUUUUUUUCCCCUUCUAUCCACUCUUCAGAACCUGGGGUGGUGACAAACAUCAACGCCAUAGGAAAAACAACCAACAUGAGUGUGACCUGGGAUAAACCUGUGGGACAGGUGGACAACUACACUGUCACUAUCUACAAAAACAAUGUGAUGGAAAAGAACUACACCAUCACCAACAACCUUCUAGUAGUUGUGUUCCAGAACCUGAAGCCAGGGAAAGUCUAUGUUGUCAAUGUGGCCACCAAUAGUGGACCGCUCACUGAGUCACUGAAUGUUACAAUUGCAACGUGUAAGUCAGUCAAUGUUUUUAUAAAAGUCCAACAUUCCAACUGUACUCCAUUUGUUUAGCAUGGACCAAUUUGUGUAAAUUCAGAUUUGGUCUGGGUUUUCAAGUCUUCAUUAGCCCACAUGAGUUAAUUCUAUAUUCUUCUGACUAGCAUAUAGAGCACAAUGCCAGAGAUAGAUGAUAAUCUAGAUCGAAUGUUGUCUGAUGUCAUCCCAUGCCUGAGUCACUCCAUCGGCAAUCUCCUUCAUAAUUGACUGCUCCCUGGUUUGUUCCCCCAGAUCCCAACCCUCCUGGAGCCAUCAUAGUGGUGGACCAGACCACUGGUUCCAUCAACAUCAGCUGGGCCCGGCCCCUGGACAUGGACCGAGGUCAGUACAACUUCUCUGUGUUCCAUCUGGACCAGCAGACCCUGACGGAAAACAACUGGAUCCUCCUGGAGAACCUCCAGUCUGGAACGCUCUACAACAUCUCCGUGGUAACCGUAGGGCCGUGGGGCUACCAGAGCACAGUGGUGACGACGGCCAUCUCUACCAGUGAGUGACUACUGAACACACACAUUUACACAGUAUCUACACAGCACAUGUGCUAGCAAGGAGGUCCUUGGUUUGAGCCUCGUGUGAGCCGAAUCAGGAGGAAGCUGUACUCGCUAAGCAAGCAGCGUGACGUCCGUUACACACACACUCAUAUGUACACACACACAGAUUGAACAUGUUCGUUAAAUAUCUUUGUUGUUCCUUUGUCCCAGGGCCCCAGUAUGUGAUCAAUGUGACUGCAGGAAUCACCCCCACCAAUGUGACUCUAGUCUGGGUUCAGCCAGAGAGCAAACCAGGCUACUCCUUCCGGGUGGAUGUCACCAACGGGUCCUUUUCUUGGUCCGUCACCGCCAACACCACCAUGAAAACCAUCACCGGGUUACAGUCUGGGAGCAACUACAGCUUUACCGUGACAACACUCACAGGGGACGGAACCAUGGCAACCCCGGUGACGGUGUCCUAUUUUACAAGUAUGUUCCCAUGGCAAUAAAACUAAUCUCUGUUUAAUUUUAAGAGUUAUUUUAUCUUUCUAAAUUGGUAUUAAUAAGAGUACAGCAUAUGUUGAACAGUAUUCACUUCUUUGUAUACUGAAGUCUAACCUUAGAUCCUCUGUUUCCAGGACCAUUCACCGUUAGUGGUUUGGUGGCCUCUACAGUGAACACAACCACUGUGAAUCUGACCUGGACCAAACCACCUGUGUACCAGAGUGGUUACAGAUACCGUAUCCAGACCGAGGUUUGCGUGUCUGCUCCCACAAACCGCACGACAACAGGAGAGGGGGACCUCAUCUCAGAACUCACACCAGGAACCAAAUGCACCUUCAGUGUUUCCGUCAAGGCACUGGACGGCAUAGAGGGAGACAUUGUCUUAACCUAUCAGUACACAAGUGAGACCUCCUUCCUUUUUACCUUUUUAGUUAUUUGGUGUUUUUCUAAAAACUCUCAAAAAUAGUUUCUAUCCCUUUUACAUCUUCCCCCUCUCUCCCGCCUUUCUCUUCUUUCUAACAUCACCCCCAUCUCUGUUCCUCUCUCCCUCUCUACCAGAGCCUGAGUCUGUCAAGACGUCCAUCUCCAACCUUGGUAGCAACAGUACCAUAGUGGUGCGCUGGGAAGCGCCCAAAGGGAACGUAGAGAAUUAUAAAGUCUGUCUGAACAAGGUCAUUUUCUCAGAUUUGCUGAACUCCAGCAUUCGGUCAACAUCCUUCCCUAAUCUGCCAGCUGGCAGAGAGUACACAGCCGUGGUCACCACUAUCAGUGGGCCCUUCAAUGCUACAUCAGAACCUAAUACUACAGCAACUUGUGAGUAUGAGGGAAGCAACGGAGGAAAAGGCCCAUUUCCAUUGAGCAUGCCUCUUUUAUCUGUUAGAGUUCAUUCAUUUGUUUUGACUGUUUAGUCUAAGACUAAGAUAUAUAGAUAUAUUUUUUCACUUAACCAGAGAUAACUUUCAAGGUUAUUUGUGCAAGGAAAUUCAAUUCACAGAUGUUAUCGGCUACUUCUAUAAACAUACAUUUCUGUCCAAAUCUCACUCAGAUCCCAACAUGCCUGGGCCCAUCCUGAUCUUGGAGAAGACGACUAGUUCUAUCUCUGUGAUGUGGGGUGAAGCUCCUCUGAUGGCAAACACCAACUUCAGUUACCUAGUGACCUACCUGUCAACGCAACUAAACAACAACAUGAGCAUAAUCCAAACCACCAAUUACACACUGCCCAGCCUGUCCUCUGGAACACCCUACAAUAUCUCUGUGGCUACAUUGGGAGUGCUAUGGCUCCAGAGUGAGAAGGUCUGGAGCAGUUUGGUCACGACCAGUGAGUGUCAACACACACAUAUACUACAUACAUGACAUGCGAGCACACGCACACACACACGCACGCACACGCUCACGCACGCACACACACACACACACACACACACACACACACACACACACACACACACACACACACACACACACACACACACACACACACACACUACAUACACACACACUACAUACAUGACAUGCAAGCAUGCACACACACAAAAACUAAUUUCUGAACACAUACACUCACACACACCCACUUACAAACACAGCCCUGAGACGUUUUGUAUUCUGUAUUCAUAACUAUUGUUACACUAACCUUUCUAUACUCCAUUACAUCUCAUUUCCCAGGACCAGAGAGUGUCCAGUCCCUCAGUGUAGUGACAGCAGAAGAGAACAUAACAUUGAACUGGGUCAAGCCUGUGGGUCACAAACCAGGCUACCGCUACAAUGUGACCAGGACCAACUCUGGGUUAAUCAAUACAACAACAGCUAAGGAAAACAUAAUCAUUGAACAAUUGGUCCCUGGUAGUCUGUAUAACUUCACCGUGACAACAGAGACAGCUGACGGAACAGAGGGAGCUCCAGUCUCAACCUCCAGCUGCACCAGUAAGAUCAUAAUGUUACAUAUUAUUAUUAUUAUUAUAAUGUGUUUUCACAUGUUUUCCUACCAUACUGUACCACCAGUGUGUUGUGCAUUAAGAACCUACCAUACUGUACCACCAGUGUGUUGUGCAUUAAGAACCUACCAUACUGUACCACCAGUGUGUUGUGCAUUAAGAAUGCAUAUAUGGAUUUAUGCAUAAAGGCCAUGCUAUCAUUACUAUCACCUGGAGACACUGAUCCAGAUUUAUAAAGGACAUGCUAUCAUUACUAUCACCUGCAGACACUGAUCCAGAUUUAUAAAGGCAAUGCUAUCAUUACUAUCACCUGCAGACACUGAUCCAGAUUUAUAAAGGCCAUGCUAUCAUUACUAUCACCUGCAGACACUGAUCCAGAUUUAUAAAGGACAUGCUAUCAUUACUAUCACCUGGAGACACUGAUCCAGAUUUAUAAAGGCCAUGCUAUCAUUACUAUCACCUGGAGACACUGAUCCAGAUUUAUAAAGGACAUACUAUCAUUACUAUCACCUGGAGACACUGAUCCAGAUUUAUAAAGGACAUGCUAUCAUUACUAUCACCUGCAGACACUGAUCCAGAUUUAUAAAGGACAUGCUAUCAUUACUAUCACCUGGAGACACUGAUCCAGAUUUAUAAAGGACAUACUAUCAUUACUAUCACCUGGAGACACUGAUCCAGAUUUAUAAAGGACAUGCUAUCAUUACUAUCACCUGGAGACACUGAUCCAGAUUUAUAAAGGACAUGCUAUCAUUACUAUCACCUGCAGACACUGAUCCAGAUUUAUAAAGGCAAUGCUAUCAUUACUAUCACCUGCAGACACUGAUCCAGAUUUAUAAAGGACAUGCUAUCAUUACUAUCACCUGCAGACACUGAUCCAGAUUUAUAAAGGACAUGCUAUCAUUACUAUCACCUGGAGACACUGAUCCAGAUUUAUAAAGGCCAUGCUAUCAUUACUAUCACCUGGAGACACUGAUCCAGAUUUAUAAAGGACAUACUAUCAUUACUAUCACCUGGAGACACUGAUCCAGAUUUAUAAAGGACAUGCUAUCAUUACUAUCACCUGCAGACACUGAUCCAGAUUUAUAAAGGACAUGCUAUCAUUACUAUCACCUGGAGACACUGAUCCAGAUUUAUAAAGGACAUACUAUCAUUACUAUCACCUGCAGACACUGAUCCAGAUAUGGAUCCUAUUAUAGAUGUAUAAUAUUUUUGGGGGUACUUUUUACCCCUUUUUCUCCCCAAUUUCGUGAUAUCCAAUUGGUAGUUACAGUCUUGUCCCAUCGCUGCAACUCCCGUACUGACUCGGGAGAGGCAAAGAUCGAGAGCCAUGCGUCCUCCGAAACACGACCCCGCCCAGCCGCACUGCUUCUUGACACACUGCUCCCUUAACCUGGAAGCCAGCCGCACCAAUGGCUUAACCCGGAAGCCAGCCACACCAAUGUCUUAACCCGGAAGCCAGCCACACCAAUGUCUUAACCCGGAAGCCAGCUGCACCAAUGUCUUAACCCGGAAGCCAGCCACACCAAUGUCUUAACCCGGAAGCCAGCCGCACCAAUGUGUCGGAGGAAACACCGUACAGCUGACGACCUGAAGCCAGCGUGCAUGCGCCCGGCCGCCACAAGGAGUCGCUAGAGCGCGAUGGGGCAAGGACAUCCCGGCCAGCCAAACCCUCCCCUAACCCGGACGACGCUGGGCCAAUUGUGCUCAUGGGUCCCCCGGUCGCGGCCGGCUGCAACACAGCCCGGGAUCGAACCCGGAUCUGUAGUGACGCCUCUAGCACUGCGAUGCAGUGCCUUAAACUGCUGCGGCACUCGGGAGGCCAGAUGUAUUUUAUUUUUGAACUGUGUUUUGAGCUCUUGUAAUUGUAAUGAAAUUCAGACAUGGUCUACACAUUUCCUAGUAAUAAAAUCAAAACUGAAAACCUCUGUGUCUCCUUCACUGUGCCAUAGAUGCCAGCCCUGUGUCCAAGCUGAUGUGUGACUCUCCUAACGCCCCCAAUGCCAAGGUGACUCUGUCCUGGACCAAACCCAAAGGACUGAACCAGGGCUUCCAGAUCACUGCUUAUGAAACCAACCAACUCUCCAAGGACCAGGUGAGUUGUGAAUUCAUUGCUACACAAUGCAUUUCUCAAUCAGUACAGUAGAUAUUGGUCACAAAAUAAAAACAAAUAUUGAUUGAAUACAUUUAUAAUUGGCUGAUUGAUUGAUUGAUUGAUUAAAUGAAUGAAUUAUUUAUUUAAUUAAUGAUUGAUUGAUUGGUUUAGGUACACAAUACCACUAGUGGUGACUGUAACCCAGCCUGUGGCCACGUAGUCUCUGACCUAAAGCACUAUACAAACUACACCCUGACUGUAACCACUCUGGGCUGUGGGAAUUCCAGCACUGUCCAAACCCUCACCUGCAAGACUGGCAUUACAGGUACGUGAUAGAAACAAUUGCAAUGUGGGCUCAAAUUUGAUGGAAUAGGAUAGAAUAUAAUAACUUAAUUACCCUCACAAUUUGAAAAUGCAUGUUUUCACACUUUGACAUUGACAGAUAUUAAAACCGUUAUGUGUUCUACAUGUAUUUUCUUUACCUAUACAAUAUGUGUUGCCCAUAUAUUGAAGUAAUGUCAGCACGUAAACACAAGGACUGUAUUUAUGUCCCAUUUCUUUCUCCUCUCCUCUCUUCCGUUUCUCCAGUCCCUCCUAUCCCAGCUAACUCGUCGCUAUUCUCUAGUGCCACUGUGAAAGAUCACAACUCCUUCUCUAUACAGCUGGACCCCAGACUCCUGAAUGACACCAACGGACCAAUCAAAAACUACGGCGUGCUGGUGACCUCUGACAUCACCAGUGGGUCCCUUUUCACUCUUAUUGGCUAAGAUUUGUUUAUGAUAGAUUUUUGUUUUGGGUAUCCAAAAGACAUGUGCAUGUACACUUGGAUUCAUUUAACUGAGAUAAUUCUGAUUCAACAUAUUCAAUGUGAUGUAUCUCCAAAGAAGCAUUUGACCAAUCGUUUUAAUAAAUGAUCCUUACAAUUCUCUUGUGUGUGGUGGUUUUCUUGCAGAUGUAAAUAAUUCUAACUCAAUGCAGUACUUAGUGAAGACCUAUCAGGAGUGGGACGAAAGCUCUACUACGGCAUACUUAGCCACGGUCAAAGAGAAUCCUAGCAACAACCCUAGCAACAGCCGGAGGAGGAAACGUGCAGGAAACAUUGACAUUGUCAUAGGGGACAAAACCUCAUGGAAAAAAUAUACCAAUGGCCAACUGAAGGCCAAUCGCUUAUACAGGUAAGAACACCACACAGGUAGUAUGUGGGAUAGGUGGUAGGGAUAGACCUCAAAUUCAGCUGAUAAUAAUCAACUACUGAUGUAAACCGUGAACUAAAAUGUAUAAUUUUUUUGUCUUCACAGUUAUGCCAUUGUUUUAUUUACUGAAACAGUGGUAAAUUCGAACGGGCUUCUGAACGUCACUUCCUCACUCGUCUCGAUAACUGUGUUCAACCCAAGUCCUGUGGUACUCACUCAGGACCCAGGUAGCUACUGCACUUUUACUGUACAAACCACCUGUAUGUAAUACAUUUAUAAAAGGAUUCAUAGCCAUGUAUUCAUAUAGGCACUCGUAAGGCACAAUGAGCUGUUAUGAAUGCUUAUAGCAAGUGUUAUAAUACGCUAUGGGGUCCUAAGAGGCAUUAUGAAUGUCACGUCCUCUUAACUCUUUCUCUUUUCUUUCUUCUCUGGUCGUUCUCAUGUAGUGGCCAUCGGUAUGGCUGUCGGGGUAACGCUUGGAGUUUUUGCCAUCCUCUUCAUCAUCACCGUUGGCUUAAUCAUCCACUGGAGGAAGUGAGCGAUCAUCAUCAUCAUCAUCACUCGAUAAUUUAGAUGUUUUUUGGAUGGUCGUAUGAUUUUUGUGUGCUUUUGUUUUUACAGACAAACCAAGAAAGACACUUCAGAAAUCCAGAUUCACUCCAUGAGGUGAUUUCUUCUGAUCUUUCGCUUGUUUCUGUCUCAGUUUGAAAGUUAAUGAAUCUGUAAUUCUGUAAGAGCAAAAGAAUAAGUGAAUAUUUGUCUUAAAAUUACUUAAGUUUUUCUUUAACUGCUAACAUGGCUCUUUUUAUUUCUCAAUUUUUUUUCAGAGCUAAAGUGUGAGUAUUAACUCUUAUGGUAACAGUAGACUUGACACAUUGAAUGAUGCAGUGUUGGUGUCACGCAUGUGUUUGUGUUAAUGCUUGUCUCCUGUGUCUCUAUGAGCAGAAGCGUGGCCGUGAGGGUGGAGGACUAUGAGGCGUAUUACAAGAGGCAGAGAGCAGACUCCAACUGUGGCUUUGCCGAGGAGUUUGAGGUAAAACGUAAAGCUAUUUAUUUAUUCAUACACAUGAUAUGGAUAUUCCAUCGGGCAGCAGUUGAGGUUCUGCAUUUGGUAAAUAUGCCUGUGUUUCCUUGUUCGCUACUGGUUCCUGGUGGCCUAAUGUCUCCUUCUCCUUCUAGGACCUGAAGCCAGUGGGAACAGCCCAAGCUAAAACCAGCGCUAUGGCCAUGGAGAACAAGUCUAAGAACCGCUACAACAACGUGCUUCCCUGUGAGUCUACCAUGACCCCUGACCCCUGUCUCCAUGACAAUGACCCCUGUCCUCCUGCCACUGCUAGGCACAGCUACCAUUGCUUAUCAUAUCCAAUCCUCCAUCCUCAUUGUCGAACAGACUAACUCCUUUGUUUAUUCAAUAGCUCAGAGUUUGACUAUACAAUAUGGACACACAAUUACUGGAGGACAGCAUUUACACUAGAGUGGUUUGUAGAAUGAUGCUCUGUCUCUGGGCAGAGUGACAGGAAUUCUCUUUCAGUUCUAUCUAUCCUCAUUCCUCAUCUUUCCCACAUCCUAGAUGAUUCCUCUAGAGUGAAACUGUCCAUCCAUGGGAGUCCAUUCGACGACUACAUCAAUUCUAACUACAUCCCGGUAAAUACUGACCUAACAUCUUCAUCAUAAUCAGCUUUCUCUGACACUCUGUGCUUCAGCUCUGCUCUGGGGUUAUUUCACAAACAUGAUCGAUAUAGCUAGAUAACUUAUAUUACAUUUUUUUACAUUUUUUUAAAAGAUAACUUCAAUUAAGACUCAGAUAUAGGUCUUAAUUUUCAGGUUAUAGCUACAGUUAGAAGUAUUGAGUGAGUUACAUCACAUCCAUCUCACAUUAACCAGAAGAUACAGAGAAGUAUGGAAAGGUUUAGGAAAGUUGCAUGGUGAUUGUAGUAGAUGCUUACGUACUGGGUCAAUAUGUCUCCGUUGCCAGGGUUACAACUCCAGGAAGGAGUUUAUUGCGGCCCAAGGUCCUUUGCCCGUCACCGUCAACGAGUUCUGGAGGAUGAUCUGGGAAAAGAACGUCCAGACUUUGGUCAUGCUGACACGCUGUAACGAACAGGGACGAGUGAGUGCACACACACACACACACACACACACACACACACACACACACACACACACACACACACAAGACAGCACACUUACCAGAUUCAGGGCCAGCUCGGUCUCGACUCUUCUGUCGGCCAGCCCAAGCAGGUUGUUGUUCAAAAGAAACAGAAAACCCCAAAUGAUCAUAUUUACAGAAACAGAAAACCAAAAUGAUCAUAUUUACAGAAACAGAAAACCAAAAAGGCAUACCUAAACAAACACUGACGUGCCUCCAGGAUGAGAGGCUAACCUGUCCACCUCUCUCUCGCACUGAUUGCCAAAGCCACACACCUGUGAAUCAUCACUUAUCAAGAGUUCCUGGCAGAGCACAGCACCUGACCAAGUUGCUGCUGCCACCUAGGGAUGGGGUAUGGAAGUGGUAGUGUGCUGUAUAGCUAAUGUUCUCACACUAAACCGGCCUUUCUCUAACCUCUCCUCUGGAACUGUAGUUCAAAUACAUUCCAUGUAUUUGAACUACUCUAGAGUUAUCCCACCUGAUUCCACUUGUCAACUUAUCCACAAGCCUUUGACUACUUGAAUCAGGUGUAGUAUUGUGAAAUGUCUGGAGUUCCCAGAAGAGAAGUUUGAGAAGGACUGCACUAAGCUACCCCACACACACACACACCUAUCGCUCACACACCCACCUCUCUCCUCUCAGGUGAAAUGUGAGGAAUACUGGCCAUCUGAGACCAAGCACUUUCAGAAUAUCACCGUGACAACAACUUCUGAGAUCCCCCUAGAAGACUGGACCAUCAGGGAUUUUGACGUAAAAAACGUAAGUUCCUGUGAUAAUGAGUGAAACAAAUAUUACUGAUGUUUUCCUCUUCAGCUGCUUAGUGGGUAAAACAUGGCUCUGGGAAAAACGAUCCCUUCCCUAUAAACAAAAGACGAAAAAAAUAUGUAUUUUUGGUUGAAAACACAUUCAUAAUACGUAUGUUUUAAGUCUUGUGCUCACUGGGUUAUAGCUAGCAUUUUGAAUAGGAAUUUGUACAGAUUUUUUUUGUUGAAUCGGAUCCUGGAAGGGGGCAUUACAUGUUACACAUGUAUUAGUGGUAAUCAGGGAGUGUCUCUGUGUUUCUGAUUGGCUGACAGGUGAGGACGGCGGAGACACGCUCGGUGCGUCACUUCCACUUCACAGCCUGGCCGGACCACGGCGUCCCCGAGACCACGGAGCUGCUCAUCAACUUCAGACACCUGGUCCGAGAACACAUGGACCAGUACUCACGCCACUCCCCCACUGUUGUCCACUGCAGGUACACACACACUGUUUCUCUCAGUUAACUUCAAGAAGCGUUAAACAGUAAAUUAACAUUGUUUCUUUCUCAUCUGUCUCUUUCUCUCCCUCUUUCUCUUUCUGUCUCUCUCCCCUCAGUGCGGGUGUGGGUCGUACAGGUACCUUCAUAGCCAUCGACCGGCUGAUCUUCCAGAUAGAGAGGGACAGUACGGUGGACGUGUACGGCACCAUCCAUGACCUGCGCAUGCACCGGCCCCUCAUGGUUCAGACCGAGGUCACUGGUCUAUUUUCAGCAUGUUUGGGGGUUUAUUACAGGCUUACUGUACAAUCCAUCACUGUGGUUAAAAGUGGAAGUUAUGCUAAUGGAGGCUUAUGUGGUCACUAGGUGAAAUGUUUUGACAUCUGAAUGGUCAGUUUGCUUCAUCAUAUUGAACUAUAUUGUGUUAUUGUCUUACAGGACCAGUAUUUGUUCCUAAACCAGUGUGCCAUGGACAUAAUCCGAUCCAGAACUGGAACCAACGUGGACUUAAUCUACCAGAACACGGCUGCACUCACCAUCUACGAGAACGUAGAACCCAGGAAAGAUACACCUAAGAAUGGUUACCACAACGCAUAGGCCUCAUGUCCAGUGCUCCGUCUCUCCCCUCCUCCAGUCUCAGUCAGACAGGCCUGUAGAGAAGAGUUUAGAAAAGGGAAAGUAUUUUUCACUCUCACUGAUCAUGUUGCCUUACACUGUGGUCUUUUUUUAAAUCGAUCAGUUUUUCUAGUAUUUAUUUGGUCACAUUUUAUGGAAGUUGGAAAAUAACAUGGAAGAUAACGGUUUGUUGAGAGGAACGGAUGCACUAAUUCCAUCCAAAGACCAAUAAUGGAAUGUACAUAAAAUAAUAUUUUAGAGAUGUAAUUCUUAUAUUUCCAUAUUUGUAUAUUGCUGCUACUUCCGAAUAUCUGCAUACUCUCUUUUUAUGAUUGUAACGCCAAUGUUUUAAGAAAUGAUGUGUGGUUAAACGGAAUGAUAAGUGCCAUACCUUUGUAAAUGAAGUCAAAGGUUUGUAUAAAUGAAUAUACAAAUGUAAUGCAGAUGUAGUUUAUUGUUAAAUGAGACCAAUGUUAUGGUGAAAUGUAUCUCCAUCUUUAGGUAUAGGAUCAGCACGCAACAUAACAACUGUCCUAAAAAAUGUAAUACGAAACAACCUAUCCUCUCUUCUGUGCCCUCUCAAGUCUCCAAUAAGUGGUGUAAUUACGCUCGUAUUUCUAUUUGUAUUUAUUAUGGAUCCCC